UAUGGGGACACCCAGGGAUGCUGGGGGCCAUGCAGGGAGCUGGGAUGAGCUGGCCACAGCAGCUUGUCUCAGUGUAGUGUGUGCACAAAUGAAACCCUGGAGAGGCUGCAGUGAGCUGGAAAUAAUGGCAUUACAGGCGCUUCCUCGCCUCUCUUUGGGCUGGGUGAGGCUGCUCGGGGCCAGCUGAAGGGCUGCAGCACAGGGCAGUUUGCUCCUGGUUUGAACAGCUCUGGGAAGUGAGCGGGAAAGGACACGGUGGCACAAAGGAGAAGCGUGAGGGCUCACCAUGCCGCUGGUGAAGAGGAACAUCGAGCCCCGGCACCUGUGCCGGGGGGCCCUUCCCGACGGGGUGACGAGUGAGCUGGAGUGUGUCACCAACAGCACCCUGGCUGCCAUCAUCAAGCAGCUGGGCAGCCUCAGCAGGCACGCAGAGGACAUCUUUGGAGAGCUGUUCAACGAAGCCAACAGCUUCUACAUGAGGAUGAACUCACUGCAGGAGAGGGUGGACCUGCUGGUCAUCAAGGUGACGCAGCUGGACUCCACUGUGGAGGAAGUUUCGCUGCAGGACAUCAACAUGAGGAAAGCCUUCAAGAGCUCCACAGUGCAGAACCAGCAGGUCGUGUCCCGCAACUCCAUCCCCAACCCGGUGAUGGAGAUGUACCAGCGCUGCGACAAGCCCCCGCCCCUCAACAUCCUCACGCCCUACAGGGAUGACAAGAAGGAUGGUCUCAAAUUCUACACUGACCCCUCCUACUUCUUCAACUUAUGGAAGGAGAAGAUGCUGCAGGCAACAGAAGACAAGAGGAAGGAGAAGCGCCGGCAGAAGGAGCAGCGGCUGGUGGAGGACUCCACCCGGGAGGUGAAGAAAGUGAGGAAAGCCCGCAACCGGCGCCUGGAGUGGAACAUGAUGGCAUAUGAUAAAGAGUUCCGGCCGGAUAACAGGUUCUCACCAUCCCCCUAUCACAUGGCAUCAUCGGAAGGAUCACUGUCCCCAGAUAAUAGGUCCUACGCGUCGGACGCUGCCGACCACUCGUACCCGGCCAGCCCCAACCACCCCGCGCAGCUGCUGGCCCCAGCCGCCCACCUGGCCCCGGCGGAGCACAAGGAGGGGCUGGCGGCCACCAACCCCCCGGAGCACGUCCUGCGGCCGGCCGCGGGCAGCCGGCAGAACAGCCUGACCCGCCUGCAGCAGCCCCACGCGCCGCCGCCCCCCGAGGCCGUGCUCAACGGGCCCAGACCCCACCUAGUCAAGGAUUACGGCCCGCAGCCGGUGCCCAUGGCCGAGUACUUCGUGCCGCCGGCCCCGCCGCCGCCGCCGCCCGUCAUCCCGUCGGCACAGACCGCCUUCGACAGCCCCAUCUCGGCUCCCCCCGCGCUGGCCCCCGGCUCGGCCGCAGCCCCGUCCUACGCCCCGUCGCCGCCCCCCGCGCCCCCCGGGCCCUACUCCGCCUCCCCGCCGCAGAGCGGCCCCAUGGGACCCCCGGUGGCGCCGCCGCCGCCGCCGCCCGGGCCCCCGGCCGUGUCCGCCUCGCCCGCGCACUCCGCCUCGCCGCCCGCCCCCGCCGAGACGCGCAAGCCGCAGAUCCCGCUGAUGCCCAUGAGCGACGCCCGGAGCGACCUGCUGGCGGCCAUCCGCAGGGGAAUCCAGCUCCGGAAGGUCCAGGAGCAGUGGGAGCAAGAGGCCAAGAAAGAGCCCGUGGGCAAUGACGUGGCGACCAUCCUGUCGCGCCGCAUCGCCGUGGAGUACAGCGAGUCCGACGACGACUCGGAGCUGGACGAUAACGAGUGGUCGGACUGAGGGCCCCGGGCUGGGCGGGCUCGGGGCCCUGCCUCCGCUCCAGGUGUGUAUGGGCACCUCCAGGUGUGUACGGGCACCUCCAGGUGUGUAUGGGCACCUUCCCCAGUGCGGGGCCCCGCUCGGUCAGGAGCUUUGCUUUUACACUAUGUCCAAAACCCUUCGGGCAGCAGCAGCAGCAGCACUGGUAGGAUACACCUCAGAGGCAGUGAGAACAGAAAUUAGCAGCACCUUCACAGUUAAUGACUUCCAAAAUUCUCUGAAGGCAGGUUAAUAGGAUUACUCCAGAUUUACACCUGGAGCAAGACUGAGACUGGCCCUGAAGUGCUUUGUGAGAGAAGGGAGCCCCAGAGGCAGCAGUGCUUUUCCAGCUAAGUGUUAAUUGUGGUAACGAGAAGCUCCUGGAGAAGAAGCCUUGCUUGCACAGCUGGUGCCACCAUGGGAGCUCAGGGGUGAGCUUGGGGACACUGCUGCUGGUUGUUUUGGGGUCAGGCAGCUCAAAGGCUGCGUGUGGGCAGGAGCCUCCUUCCCUACAGAGCAACGCACCACGUUCAGUAGCAGUUACACCAUUGUGUUGUUGCUCCCUGGAAAAUCAUGGAAUGCUUUGGGUUGAAAGGCACCUUUAAAGCCCAUCUAGAACUGGGACACCCUCCACUAGACCAGGUUGCAUGAGCAGCCCAAGGUGUUGGUGACCUUGGCCUGUAUCCACCCUCAGAGCUGGUUUUCUAGGAGCAAAGGGGGAAGGCAAGGCUGGAGUGGCUGGCAGGGAGACCCAGCCUUGUCUGGGCUUGCCCUGCCUUUUCCAGCAAAGGAGUAGAGGUGUCCAGGGAGUUCCCCCAAGCCCAGCUCUUCUUGGCCUAAGUGUGGCACCAUUUCAGUGUGAUUUGGGAAAAAGUGAAUCAGACAAUCUGCUGCUUUCAGGUAAACUCUCAACUUGCACUUUGCAGCCCCACAAAAUGUGCCUGUACAAUUGAGAUCAGCUCAGAGCCAGCCACUGAUUCCCCCCACCUGAUCCUGCUCCAUCCCCUGUCCCACGUGUGGACACUGAUGGAGGAGCUGGGUAACCAGCCCCCGUUUCAGCACUGCAAUACCUGUUUCAGCACUGAAAAUGCCUGUUUUCCCACCAAAACAGAGUGUGAUCCAUGGAAGACUUUUCACAGAGCUACAAAGGGAGGAGGCCCAGAGGAAGGCAGAGUAAAGGAGUGGGAAAUACUGGAAAUAUCACAGGCAGGUGUGAAAACCUGCAGAGAGCUGGGAGAGGUUCCCCACCUGUGGAAAACAGGCCAGGACCAGCCGUGGAGUGGCCAGUGUGAUGUCCCCAGAGCCUCUCUUGUGUUCCCCUAUACCAUGAGUCCCUGAACAGGGAAAGCCCGAGCUCUGUGCCCAGUUCCUGCCUCUCCCAGGAGCCCUGCAGGUGAUGGAUACUUCAGCAGGAUUUUGGCUAUGUAGAAGCAGCCAGGCCUGUAAAAGAGGCGGGAGGAUAUGGCUGAGACCCAAAUGCUGAUGGUUAAAUUCACAAAAUCCUAGAAUGGUUUGGGAUUAAAGACAUCUCAUUCCAACCCCCUGCCAAGGGCACCUUCCACUAGACCAGGGUUUCCUGGGAAAUGCUGGUGUUGAGCAAUGUCCCAGACAUCUGCUUAUUUGCCCCCAGUGACCAGUGGCCCCUCAUGGCCAGAUGUUGUGAAUCCUCUGCCCAGCUGCUGGGAAAUGCCCCCAGGAGCUCUCCCUUCUCUUGAGUGGCACAAAAUGGUCUCUUGUCCCUUGGAUGUGACACCUUCCACACCUCCACACCCAAGCUGGGAGCUGUGCUGCCAAGCGGGCUUGAGCAGGGGUGCAGAAGGGAUUUGGGAUGUGGGAGAGGGCAAGGCAAGAAGCAGCAGGAAGCAAUGGAAUAACUCAUCUGCAAAACCCAAGGAGCAGCAGUGACCAGAGGGGCAGGGAGACACUGUGCCCUGCAGGUGGCCAGGAAAUUCCUGGUGCACACCGAGAGCUCUUGAUUCUGGUGUUGACCCUCUGAGAUGCAGGGAAAUGGCUGCAAGAGCUUUUUACAGAGCCCCUGCAAGGCCCAGGACCUGCUUUCCUUGGGAAGGGAGCUGGGGUUUGGCUGGAGCAGGUUCAGAAGGAGGCAGUGUAAACAUUCAGGGCAACAUUUACGGUGGAGUUUCUGGUGGAGCGUUAUUAACGUAGAUGCAAUCGCAAAACCGUGUGUAAGCAGAGAAAUUUGGUUUGUUUAGGAAGAGUAAUAACCCUUUGUGUGAAAGAGAAAGAGCAGGGGCUGGUGGAGCUGCUCUUAUCUGUUCCAGAGGUGCAGGGGCUGCAGAGCCACCGUGGGGACCCAGCAGAGCUGAGGAGCCCCGCUGGCCCUGGGAGGGGGCUCAGGGACACAGGGCACUGGCUCGUCCCUGGGCUCUGUGACUGUCCCAGUUCUGCAGAGCUGAGCCAGGGCUGGUGGGAGCUGGAGAGCAGCCCAGUGCCCCUGAGAGAUCCAGUCCCUGCUUUUCAUGCACCAGUUGCUCUGUGCGUGUCACGCGGGGCCGUGGCAAUCGGGGCAGGGCUCUGUGGGUGCGUGGCACUCGGGGCUGUCCCUGGGGCCUCCCACAGCCCUGCCACCUCACAGCACCUGUGCUGGGACUGGCUGCUGCCAGGAUUGAUGCCGUGGCAUGGCAAAGCGCUUGACAAUCACAGGAAGGUUGGAAGGGAUCCUAAAGGUCAUUUAGGUCAGGUCACAUCUGCAGAGCAGACGCACAGCUGGCAGCCCCAGGGGAGCAGGAAAGGCUCACCCCCAUUUCCUCACAUCUUUGUUCUUACACCACGUCCCCAUUGGUGCAAGAACACCCGUCCCAGCAGCCCCAGCACGUCCUCACCCGUCCUGUUCUGCUGAAGGAAAUCCCCUGGGAGCACAAACCCCGUUCACAUUCUCAGCUGCAAAGCCAGCCAGCAGCUCCAUGGCCUGCCAGCACUGCCAGCUGGAUGGAAACAUCACCACCCUCCUCUUCAGGGACCAGAACUGCCACGGAAACCCUUCAGCUGUCUUGGUACAGGGGUGGGAUCCCCCAUCCUCACCCCAGAGAGGUGGAGCUGGUGGAGAAGUGACCUCGGGGGGGGUUGGACACCCAUUUCUGCUCUGGCCAUGGCACACCCAGCUCUUCCCGACCCUCCCAGCAGCACCCCAGGGCUGGCAAGCACCAGGGAUCAUUCAGGUGGGAAUGGACCUCCAGGACCUCCAAGCUGGAGCAUUAAUGCCGCAUCCCAUGAGAGCCAGUCCAUCCUCAGUGCCUUCCCUUGAGGGACUCAGCCACGCCUCACCACCUUUAUUUGAGGCACAAUCACCUGGUUUUUGCUCAGGUGACCUUUGCAGUCCAACAGAAGUGACACCAAUUCCUUGGCUGCUGUGGGCCGGUGCUGCUGGGAGUGUGCCACACUAAUUAACACUGUCUGUGUGCCCCACAUGCUGCACACUCAGAGCUUGGUACACAUGUGCCUAUUUCUGUGCAUUCCCCCCAAAGUAGGCCAUGCUGAGUUACACAACCUGAAAUGCUCAAAUCCUCAUGUGGGCUGAUAUAAAAGUGAAUAUUUAAGUAUUUUAUCUAGCUUGGCAGACAUUAAAAAAUACAAUCCAGGUCACAGAUGAUUGAAUUUCUCCUCUCUCAAGAGUGCCAGAAUUGGGCUGAGGAGAUUCUCCUGUACAUUAAGGUGUCGUGUUCCCUGCUAAAAUACAGCAGUGGCAUUUCAUUGCCAAAGGAUAAUCACAGAGUGCCAAACAUUUAAUGAGUCCAACUGAUCUCCUGAGAGCUUCUCUUUCCAUUUUAUCUGCUUCCCCCUACUUGCCAAUUUAUGGGCAUAGAUUAAAAAUAAUAAAUAUGGCUGUCAACAGCAGGGGAAAAUAUUCUGUGUCCAUACAAAUGGGUCGGGCUGGAGUCAGUGGAACAGUAAAUGAGUAAAUUUUGGUUCUGCUUGGAGAUGUCAAUGGAAGGCUGUCAUCCUUGAGGUCCAUCAGGAGGCUCUUGGACAUCCCAGGUGCAUCUGAAAAGGGACUUUUCAGGGAGCACUGUGCCCAGGGCACACCUGUGAAGCUGCUCCAGCUGUGAAGGCUGGUCCUGCUCAGCUUGCUGGGGGUUGGUGGAAGUCCUGCAGUGUUCACUCUGUGUCUCCCUGAUUUGGAGUGACCACUGGAGCUGGCUGGUGCUGCUGGUGGCUCUUAGAGGAUCAGUGUCCUGCAGGAGGAAUGGAUUGGGCAGUUUCUAGUUUCUAAUUUCCCAGCCAGGGAAGAGACCUAGAGAGGAGCAGUCACCCAUCCCAUGAGGGCUCCUGCCUUUGCAGCUGUUAAAUCUUGGGAAGGUUUUGCUCCAGUGACAAACUUAAGGCUGAACUUGGCUUCUUCAGAGAGCUCUUUCCACAGAAGAGCCCUCAAAUUUCCUCCCAGCCACUUUUCCACCUCUCUCUCCCUUCCCAGACACCCAUCAGCCCGAACAGAAGCUUUGCAGACUCCCCUGAGCCUGAGCUAACACCUCAGCUUUAAUGACAAAUGGGAGUUUUGCUUGGAGGGAGGCAGGUGGUAGCACUGGAGGUGGCAUUUUGGAGGGGACAUUCUAGAGGUCCCCAGCUGGCAGGAACUCGGUGUCACUUCCUUGUGGAUGGAGCAGGGAUGGCCAUGGAAGCACUCCCCGUGGGGGGAUGCUGGCAAGGGGAGCACAGGCUGUUCCUUUCACCAAUAUUCCUGUUUUUCCUGUAGCAGUAGUUAUUUAGGGGUAAGGUUUUCUCAGCUGGAAUGUCACUUUACAGAUUUAAAAAAAUAAAUAAAAUAAAAUAAAAAUAAGGGCAAGGAGUCUGUCCUGAGGAGUUUACAGUCUACAGCAAAGACCAUGUAACCUGCACUGCACUUUAGAAGCCUCAAAUGCUCACUCACCCAUGAAUUUCCCUCGAGUGGGCAGCAGCCCCUUGAGGGCUGUUGUCCCUUCCUUAGUUGGCCCCUGACCAGCACCAGCCACAUCCCUGCUGGUGACAGAGUCCCCGGGGCCCUCCUGCCCCUCUCCCUCAUCAGAAGUGCCUGAGCAAAGCCCAGGGGAGCCAAGCCAUGCUGGGUUUGUCCCUGAACAGGUCCCUGUGCCCUCGGGGGCCUUUCCCUGCCCCCACACAGCUGUGCUCCAUGACCAUGGUGGGCUGGGAAUGGUGCCUGGGAGCACCCCUGGCUGCCCCUCAGGGCUGUCACCAUCCCAUGGCACAGCCUCUGGAAAACCUCCUCUUGCAGACACAACCCAAAACGGGACUUUGAAGUGGUUUUAUCUUUUUGAGAACCAAAGGGGUUGUUUUGGUGUAAAUCUGAUUUGUCUUGGACAUACCCCAGGGUUUUUAGGCUCACUCUCUCAAGCUCCACCUUCUCCAGGUGAAAAUGUGCCUGUAUUUUGCUGGUGGGGGGAAUAAAAAACACCAAACCAAACCCCACAGUUAAGAGCUUCAGGGAGGAGGUGUUUGCCCCAAAGCCUUCAGAGCUGUGCCCACAGGCAGGGUGAGACAACAAGAUGUCCCCAGGGCAGGACACCAUCCUGGUGGUGUCACCCAGGGUGCUGUCACCGUCCUGGUGGUGUCACCCAGGGUGCUGUCACCAUCCUGGUGGUGUCACCAGAGCCUGCAUCGAGGGCUGGGCUCCCGCUGAGGGAAAGCCCCAGACAGGAGCUGCAUGGAGAAUGUCCCCCGAGGGCAGAGCUGAUGUGACAGGAGCCAAACUGGUGUCUGAAUUACAGGCUGACAGGACCCUGAGGCCACCACAGCACCGCUGAUGCUUCACCCUCCCUUGGGCAUCUCCCAGCAGGGAUUGUCCCACAGGGGCUUCCAACCUGUCUCUCCUGGCAGGACCAGGAUUAAAGCUCUUGCUGGUGGUUGUGAGCCCCGGGGGUGUGAAAGGAGCCUUUUUCUGCACACUGGUGCUGCCAGGGGACAGGGCUGGCCCCGGGGGGUUCAGCUCAGCUAAUUCCAGCUCUUGGUUCUGUGUAAGGUUAAGAGUGCAGAGAGGGGAAAAUAAGGCAGAGAGGAACCAGCCCAGCGUUUCAGGUUGGUGAUGCUCACAUCAGGCUGCACGGGGGAAGCCUCAGCCAGGUCAAACCCUGUGCAAAGCCACAAAGGGCAGUGAGGGAAUAGAUCUGUUCUGCAGGUCAGUGUGGGAUUGAGCUGUGGCAUGAAGGAGCUGAGUCAGGUCUCAGGGAAAACUUUCUGGAGGUGAGGAUGGAGAAACUCGGGUCACAGGAGCUCUGCCAUGGCUUUGAGAAGCCAGAGAGAAGCUCUCACCUUGCGUGCAGCCAGGGAGCGGUGGAGGUGCCCACAGGGCCUUUCUGGCAUGUUUGUAAUUCUCCCUCAUCCUCUCCCUGGUGGUCUGUCCCCCCAAGGGUGGCUUACAGCCCCAAAGCAUCCCCCAGCAGCCAGGGCAGCUGCUUUUGCUCCCUCUUGGUUUUGGUGUUGAGCCUUAAAUAGAAUAAAGGUAAAAUGUGCUGCAGAUCAAGCACCUGAGAGGGAAGGACGGGAGCUCCCAGCUGUUUCUGCUGUAUUUCAGUGGUUAAAAGGCAGCAGCUCCUCUGGACCAGCCAUGAUCCACAGACCGUAGUGAGUAAACCAUUAAGUUGGGCAGUUUAACAUUUACCCUUUGAUUUGGGGCAGAUCAGUUGAGAAAUCUAAAAAUAAAAUGUAAAAAAAAAAAAAAAUCUAAAAAUAAGCAAACAAAAAAAAACCCAACCCACCCACAAAACAAAAAAGCAAACAAACAACUCACAUGUGAUUUCCAGAAGGAUAAACUGUUCCCUUUCCUUCCCUCAGACCUAGAGGGAAGGUCAGACACAGCAACACUUCCCAGUCAGUCAGCAACAAAAUGAAGCAGGUGCCACCAGAACCACUCCCAAAAAUCCCAGGAAAGUGGUGUUUGAGGAAAAGCAAUAAUCACAUCACCCCAAGGCAGCAAGGAGAGGGUUUCCUGCCACUACAGGAAGUGCUUUUGUCCCUGGACCCCCUUCCCCAGCUCAAGUGUCUCAAAUCCCAUUGAUCUUCACCUCUCACUGGUGCUGGUGCAGUCCUGGGGCCUCAGCUGGGAUUGCUGACUCCAUGGAAAAUCACUUCUUGCCGUGGAAAAAGCACAAAAGUCUUGUGUUGAAAAGGGAGAGGACCUGGGGGCAGGGACACUCCUGGAUGCCCGUGGAGAGCUGCUGAUGAUUUCCUCCUGCAGCAGGAGCAGCUCAGGCAGAGCCCUGCCAGGGCUCCAGAAAUCACAGCCAUGAGCAGCAACACCCCCCUCACUGCUCCCCCUCCAAAUUUGAUUUUGCACUGAGAUGUUUCAGCUCUGUCUGUAGCUCUGGCCAGUUUUCCACAAAUGGGGCUGCUCUUUCUGGUGUUCAUUGUCUGGGAUAGCAGAUCAGGUAAAGAAAGCAAAUCACAGAAUCCCAGAGCUGUUUGGAUUUCCAGUCUGGUUUCCACCCCCUGCCAUGGGCAGGGACACCUUCCAUGAGACCAAGUCCCACCCAACCUGCUCAAAUCCCCACAAAUUUAAAAAAACCUUUUUUCAAAAUGCAUUUUCAGGGUCUUUUGGGGCUGAUGGCUCCUCAGCUUAACAGAUUUCCUUAAUUUUGGGGCUGCCUGACCUGUUGGGGGGAUCUGAAGCAGGCUGUGAGUUUGGGGUGAUGCUGAGCUGUGCUGGCACCUUCGUCCCUCUGCCUUCAGCUGUGCCCUGUCACACAGAGGGCUGGGGUCCAGAGCUGCUGCUGGGAACACCGCGGGGCCAGGGCAGCUCCCAGUGACACAAGUGCCUUUCCCGGGGGUGCCUCUGGCCCUGCCAGGGAGCCUCCUGGGCUGGGUGGUGUUGCUGGGCUGGAAACCUGGAGCUGCCCAGACCCCAGGGGAUCCUCUGGGAUCCCUCCUCCCACAGCAGUGUCUUGGGGAGCAGUUUGCACUCCACUCUUGGCAAGCCCUGGAAACCUGCUGCAGCAACCUGGAGGCAUGGGGACAGUCCCCGGAGGAUGUGGGAGCUGUGGGGAGGGGACAAACCCUGUCACCACUGUGCUGUGGGUUGCUGCUGUCACGGGGCAAGCAUUCAGGAGAGCCUUCCUCUUCCUCCUCUUCCUCCUCCUGCUGUCCAGCCUGUGGCUGCCGGGACACUGCCAGCUGCUGCAGCAGGACAGGAGCCAUCUCCUUCCAGCUUCCACCCUCUGGAGCCAGCAGGAGCCCUGACGCCUCUGGGGGAGGCCAGGUGCUGUAGGAGAGAUAUUUUGGAGGGGAUUGAAGGCAGGUGAGGAUCAUCUCCUGUGCCCUGCAGAUCAGGGCACCUCAGACCCCCAAACCCCUCGGCACCACCCAAGCUCUGAGCUCAGGAGAUCUCCUGGAGCGCUGGGGCACCCAUCCUCCCAAAGCAGACCAUCCAGGAGCAGCCAGCUCCAGAUGGGCACUUCAAAAGCAGUUCUCUCUCCUUUUGGCAUCAACUGGUCACACACAGAGCCCAGAGCAGGGCUUGGGCUGCUCCUGGUGGAGGUUGGCCCCAGCUCUGCAGGGUGGCACACAGGGGACAGGGACACCUCGGCAUCCCGACGCUCCUGCAAAAGGCUCAUUUUUUAAUCACAGCAGAAGAAUUACUCUGUCUCCUUAGAUCUGCCACCUGGUAGAAGGAGCUGAUGCAGGCUAGGCACCUUCCCAAGGGAGGGUGACCCAUUCCAGGCCAUGAGGGACUCCCACUGUUCCACAGCUGAGCUGAGGGAGGGGAUGCUCGCUGUCUGCUGGGGUCUUUAACCAUGUGCCCUUAGUCAGUAGGUGAGUAGAUGUUGCUGCCCGUAUCUAUCUCCCCUACCCAGUUGCUACGUGUGAACAAGUGUAUUUCUCCCCAGUGUUGUGGGUUCUGCCUGUGGUGACACGAGGAUGGAAAGGCAGGGAUGACCUCAAGCUUCCUUCUGUACAGGGUAGAGAGGAGACCUGGAUGGGUCCGAGGCACCGCUUGUAACUACAUUUGUUCAAGAAAUGUCAUCUUAACCCCAAACUGUUGACACUUUAUGCAUGUGCUAAUUAAAUUUAAAAGAAAAAAAAAAGAAAAAAAAUGAAAGAAAUUAAUAAAGAUUUUAAGAGGUUACAGUA